CUUUUUUUCUAGUGACAAGCUUUUCAAGUGACAGUUCAUUUCCGUAAAAUUAUGAUACCAUCAAACUGCUUGUUCCACAAAACAAUGUUCCUGUGUAGAAAAAGAAGUUUAAAUAAGGCUGUCCUGAUUUCCUAGUCUGUGUACAUUAUGGAUACAAUGAAUGGCAAGCACCAGGAAGGCAACGUCGCUACGUCUAACGAUGACAGCCAGCAAAAACAGCCGUUGUUGCCGUCCCACACCAUGGUCAGCCAACUCUUAAUGAAUUGUAACAGAGUAUACCAGAAGGUAGAAGAGCAUUUUGGAGGUUUCUUUGCAAAAUAUGGCAAAUUCGUUGCUGGGCAUGCUUGGAAAGUUCUUAUUGUCUCCAUUAUUGUCAACGUGGGUUUCGGAAUUGGGAUGAUAAAGUUGGACAUAGAUAACGACGCCAGGAAAUAUCUUCCUUCAGGAACUCGAGAAGAACAAGACCUAAACAGAAUGGAGAAGUUAUUUCCGUAUACUGAUUUUGAAAACUUCAAUGCUCUUCGACUAACCAAUAACGGUCCAUGGUUACGGAUCAUAGUGAGAAGUAGAAGUGGCAGUUUGUUAACAAGACCGAUGUUAGAAGAAGUGCAAUCACUAAUGUCUACAAUAAGUAAUAUCACUGUUGACGUAAACUAUAAAGGAAAUAUCACGUCAUAUCAACUGUACGACAUCUGUGCUAAGAUGAACAAUCGCUGUGUUGUGGAAGGGGAGUUGUUUACAGAUGAAGAAUUUCUUACUGCAGUAGAUAGUGAUAAGGUUACCUAUCCUGAGUUCAGCUCAUCUACUUUGGGAACAGUGUCUUAUGCGUCAUUGUUAGGAGGUAAAAAGUAUGACAAUGAGUGCAUCCUGCAAGAAAGGCCACUGGGAGUUUAA